CUCCCCAACUCAUGUUACCAAAAUAAUUAUUUUUAUAAUAAUAAUAAUGAUAAGAAUAAAAGUUCACAAGCACCACCUCCUCCUCCAUGUGAACCCACCACAAGGGACAACCUUUUCUUUCCUGAGUUUCUCUCUCCCAUAUAAGCUGACACACAAGUGAACAAGUAAGUACAAGGCUGUUCUUAUCUUUCUCUGAGCUUUGGGACCUCAAAACAGCGUAUGGGUUCUAAAGUCAAUAUCUUGGUUUCGCUGGUUUUGCUUCUGGUUGUGUUCUUGCACCAAGCAAGAGCAGCAAAGUCUGGUAACUAUAAUGUGAGUCGGUUGAAGGGAAGAAAGGAAAUAACUAAUAGAUGUAAUUUGUUCAUUGGAAGUUGGGUGAUUGACCCUUCACAUCCUCUCUAUGACUCUUCAAGCUGCCCCUUUAUAGAUGCUGAGUUUGAUUGCCAAAAGUAUGGCAGACCCGACAAACAGUAUCUCAAAUACUCUUGGAAGCCUGAUUCUUGUGCCUUACCCAGGUUCGAUGGAGUGGAUUUCUUGAACAGGUGGAGGGGUAAGAGGAUAAUGUUUGUGGGUGACUCACUGAGUCUCAACAUGUGGGAAUCGUUGUCCUGCAUGCUUCACGCGUCGGUGCCCAAUGCCACCACCACUUUUGUCAGGAGAGAAGCCUUGUCCACUGUGACCUUCCAGGAGUACGAAGUAACCAUAGAACUAUACCGCACACCAUAUUUGGUGGACAUAGUUCGAGAAGAAGUUGGACGCGUGCUCACACUAGACUCCAUACAAGCGGGUAAUGCUUGGACUGGCAUGGACAUGUUAAUCUUCAACUCCUGGCAUUGGUGGACCCACACAGGAAAUUCUCAAGGAUGGGAUUACAUUAGAGACGGUCCGAAUCUACUAAAGGACAUGGAUCGUUUGGAGGCCUUUUAUAAAGGAAUGAGCACAUGGGCUGAAUGGGUUGAUGAAAACAUAGACCCUACAAGAACCAAAGUGUUCUUUCAAGGCAUUUCUCCUACCCAUUAUCAAGGUGAAGAGUGGAAUGAACCAAGGAAGAGCUGCAGUGGAGAACUUGAACCACUGGGUGGGUCAACAUAUCCUGCUGGUCUACCUCCUGCAGCAAACAUAGUGAACAGAGUUUUGAAGAAGAUGAAGAGUAAAGCUUUUCUACUUGACAUAACACUUCUCUCACAACUAAGAAAAGAUGCACAUCCCUCUGCAUAUAGCGGGGACCAUGCAGGCAAUGAUUGCAGUCACUGGUGCCUACCAGGGUUACCUGAUACUUGGAACGAACUCCUAAAUGCAGCUCUAAUCACCUGAACUUACACUAUAAACACUUAUAAUAAUACUAUUCUACUCAAGGGUUUUAAUUCAAUUGUGACGUAGGACUCGUCAAAAAUAGUUGUGACAGAGUUGCAAUAUGCAAACCAAGUUAGUCAGGAAGAUCAAUUUGUUACACGUUCACAAAAUAGACAUUACAAGGGGUUACUCAAUGUUUGUUGUAUUGCAAUUCAACUUUACUAAUAAUUAAUUCAUGUACUCUUUGUAUUCAACAGCAAAAUGAUAUAUAGACUCCUUCGUUUCAGCAACAUA